GAGUAAUCCCAUCAUACCCAUGUAAAAAAAAAACAACAACAACUGAAUUUGGUGGUAUCUAACCUUUCAAAAAUAAACAUGGCGGCCAAAGUGAAAGUACAUGUUGAAUAUUGUGGCGGAUGAGGUUACUAUCCUCGGUUUCGGCAGCUGAUGGAAGACAUUCUGACAGAGUUGCCUGAGACCGAGGUGACAGGGGAUGUGGGUAGAUCAUCAUCAUUUGAGGUGACAAUCAAUGAUCAGCUGGUUUUCUCAAAGCUCAAGACCUAUGGAUUUCCAAAAUCACAAGACGUGAUCAAAGAAAUUCAGCGGCUUUUGAACGGCGAGAAAUGUCAAGAAAUUACGGAAGCUUCUAGUCCCGGCUGUACUAUAUUAUAACUGAAUUUAAACAUUGUUUGAUUGAUCAUUUUCACCAAGGAAAGAACUUGUGCAUGUUGACUUUGUAUUAAAAGAUGGAAAAGGAAAGCUAGUAUUAAAAUUGGUUUAUUUUGCUCAAUGACAAAUUUUGGUCAAUAUUUUAAAUUUUAUGAAUAAUUUAAUAAGUUUUUGUGUGAAUUUUUUUAUCACUGUUUACAAUAGCUUCCUACUAGUGGAGCAACAUUUUUUUAGGGUCAAAGGUUAUAAAAACUAAAGUUUGAAAACCAGUUAUAUCAGCGUUGCCAUUGGUCAGUUUUAAAUUUCUGUUCAACAGCCAAUCAGAAACUGGUCUUCAGGCUUUAAAUUUUAUAAUCUUUGGCCCAGUGCUUUUUUUGUGCCUAGACUGUAGGGAAUUACAUUUAAGAAAAAACUAAGACUUUAUUUUAACAAACAUCUUUUAAGCAUUAAAAAAAAGAGAGAAAUAAUCUGUCUCUCUGUAAUAAUCUGUCUCUCAUAAUCAUGAUAGUUCUCCUCUGAUUUGUGAAUGUUUGUGGAAAAUUGAAGAAAACCCCAAACCUUUUGCAAUUAAGAAUGUGACCUACUUUAAGAAGGGAAAAUAGCUGAGUAAAUUUCCUAUCAGUAUUUAUUAUGGAUAACCAUACAAGACCUCAUACGAUGUUACUUUUGCAUAGUGCAUUACAUUUUACCCCAAGUUCUGGGCUUUUGCCCCAAGUUCAGGGCUAUUUUUGUAGUUUUCUUUAAUCAUGUUCAUAAUGAUUUAGGCAGAAUGAAAUACUCUAGGCAGAUGUUAGAUACUUGUAUAUUAACAGAAAAGUGUCCUUACUAUUUAUUUGUCAAACAUGUUCUUUGUGUAAUGUAUAAGUGUAAGAUCAAAAUAGUUAGCCCAUGGUUAUAUGUUGUCUAUAUUGUCGAGCAUUUAUCAUCUGUUAGGGCAGACCAAUGAAAAGGUGUUGUUUAAAGUUUUUUUGCUGCAGUACCUUGGAUGUAUUUCUGUAAGGCCUUUGUGAAUGAUUGCUUAAUUUUUGAAAAUUAAGCAUACAGUUUACAAUUGGCCAAACCUAACUUUUGAUAUCAGCUCUAAAUUUAGAAACAAUCAUUUGUUGUAUAUGCAUUGUAUGUCAUGUGUUUUUCAGUGAUUACUUUUGAUUUGCAUUCAUGUGAAUUUGUUUGCUUUCACAAAAUGGAAAUUAUUGUAUUAUUUACAAAUAAGUGCAUCAUUCCAGUUUUUUACACGGAAUGUUUUAUGUACUCACUCAUUGAUAUGUAUAUUUGUGCAGGACAUUUGUUUUCUAAUUAUUUAUUUUCAGAAUUGUGAUUUUUGUGUGUGUAAAUUACCUGGUUAAAACUGCUUUUCAUCAACAAUAAACAAAUAGAUAGACAUUCUGCUUCAUUUCAAUAAAAACUUCCCUACGGCAAGAAAAUAGCCCAAUUUAUAUUUUCUUUUCUCCUCAACUUAUAGAAAAACUAAGGAGAUGUUGAAAAUAUUGAUUGGUGAUUAUUGAAAAAAAAUGUUGCAGUAAUACUUGUUCCACCAUAAGUUAAAAUGUAAAAAAAAAUAGAGGUACUAAUAUAUCAAAUAAGUAACUGUAUUUUUUUUUUCAUUUUCACAAGGUAUUUCAUAUCAUUCUUAAUAAAUGUAUCAUGAAAGUUUACUUAAAUAAUUAUAUAAAGUCAAUAAAGAAGAUAGAGAAAAAUGUAUUUAUUGUAGAAAAAGACUUAAUUUGGAAUGACUUGUUAUUUUAUAAUAUGCGGUAAUGUUUCGUCCCAUUAAUAGUUUUAAUACCUGAUCACUGAUCAUUACAAAUAUGUGAUUUUGUAAAAUUUUAUCUUGUUUUGCACCAUCCAUACUUUUGAAAUGAAGACAGUAAAAUUCAUUACAAAUAAAAUAGAUUCUGUUGA